UAGAUAGAUAGAUAGAUAGAUAGAUAGAUAGAUAGAUAGAUAGAUAGAUAGAGUUGAAUUUUAGUGCAGUUAUUUUACUUUACCACACGGUGACACAAAAGACCAUGACAUCUUUCACACAUCACAAGACUCCUCCCAAAACAGAAAGACAUUUUUUCUGUGCUUUGUUAUAAAGAGACACAGCACCGGAGAGAAAGGGGGCAUUCAGAUUGUCUGCAAAAUGCUGGAUUUUUGACGUUUUCACUUCGGUAACAGUUUAAAGGCUGAAACUGGUCUAAGAUUUUUCCACUCUCAUGGAUUUCUCUAAAAGAACGAGGUUUUUUCGGACUUGCAUUAUGGCUGUGCUGCUUAGUUAUGGCUUGGAAGCAGCAUCUGGACAUCUCUCGUAUUCUGUCACGGAAGAAGUAAACCCCGGAACAUCUGUUGGAAAUAUUGCUAAGGAUCUAAAUAUCAAUGUUCAAGAUUUAGAGUCCCGCAUGUUCAAGAUUGUUGGUGGAUCGCAAAGGAAAUAUUUUGAUGUAAACCUGAAAACUGGCUUUCUUUAUGUUAAUGAAAGAAUAGAUAGAGAAGAGCUUUGUGCAAAGGAGACAAAAUGUACUGUAAGUAUGGAAGCAGUGAUCAACGACCCACUGAAGCUUUACCGGUUAGAGGUAACAAUAAAAGAUAUAAAUGAUAACGCGCCUGUUUUCCCAGACCAAUUACAGUCUAUUGAUGUCCCUGAAAAUACUUUACCGGGUGUUAAAUUUGGACUGAUAGAGGCAUCAGAUUUGGAUGUUGGAAAGAACGGUGUUAAUAUGUACAAGCUUAGUACCAAUGAUUUUUUUUCAUUAGAAAUUCACAAAGGCGGGGAAAGUGUGUCUGCAGAUCUUGUGCUGCAGAAGGCGUUAGACCGCGAGAAAGACGCUGUUAUUAAACUCACACUGACUGCAGUGGACGGGGGAAAUCCGCCGAAGUCAGGGACGUCACAGAUCAUGAUUACAGUUCUGGACAUAAAUGACAACAACCCUGUAUUCAAUAGAUCUUUGUACAAAAUUCAGAUUUCUGAAAAUUUGCCAGUGGGGUCUACUGUUAUCAUCCUGAAUGCAACAGAUGAAGAUGAAGGUUUUAAUAGUGAAAUCGAAUAUUCUCUGAGAAUGAAGGGUCAAGAUCAUGUUUUAGAUUUAUUUCAGAUUGACCCAAACACAGGGGCAAUUUUAGUAAAAGGUAACAUUGACUAUGAAGAAAAUCCUGCGUUUGAGAUUCAUGCUCAAGCAAGUGACAGAGGUCAGCCUCCAAUGUCUGCUCGCUGUAAAGUGCUGGUAGAGGUGGUAGACCUCAAUGACAACGCGCCUGAGAUCUCUGUGACAUCACUACUAAGCACAGUAAAAGAGGAUGCACAAGUUGGUACAGCUAUUGCUCUCGUCUCAGUGCUUGAUAAAGAUGGAGGAAAAAACGGAGCAGUAAAAGCUGUUAUUCCAACACAGAUUCCACUUAAACUAGAAACCAAUUAUAAAAACUAUUAUUCAUUAGUAGUUAAUGGCCAUCUUGAUAGAGAAACUAUGGCUGAAUAUAAUAUCACCAUAAUAGCAACAGAUGAAGGCACUCCACCUCUUACCAGCACCAGUGUCGUUAACAUUCAACUUUCUGAUGUCAACGACAAUCCGCCUCGUUUCUCGGAGCAGGAGUUCAACGUUUAUGUAAAAGAAAACAAUCCAGUUGGAGCAGUUAUUAAGACUGUUUCGGCAGUCGAUGCAGACAUCGAUAAAAAUGGACAAGUGAGCUAUUCUUUUUUAAAAAGUAGCAGCAACACAUCACCAUCGUCUUCUAUGGUUAAUAUAAACUCAGAGACUGGAGAUAUUAUCAGUUUGCAAUCGUUCAACUACGAGGAGUUUAAAACGUUUCAAUUUAAAGUUCAGGCCACAGACUCGGGGGUCCCACCUCUCAGCAGCAACGUGACUGUCAAUGUUUUCAUACUGGAUGAGAAUGACAACAGUCCCACGAUUUUAGCGCCAUAUUCUGAGCACGGCUCUGUUAACAGUGAGAACAUUCCUUAUUCUGUGGAAACAGGCUUUUUUGUGGCAAAGAUCAGGGCUGUGGACGCAGACUCUGGAUACAAUGCACUUCUUUCUUAUCACCUGUCUGAUUCGAAAGGAAACAACUUGUUCAAGAUCGGAACCAGCACAGGAGAAAUUAGGACUAAGAGGAGGAUGAGCGACAAUGAUCUGAAAACCCACCCAUUGGUGGUGCUGGUUUCAGAUAACGGAGAACCUUCGUUGUCAGCUACUGUGUCUAUUGAUGUGGUGGUGGUUGAAAGCACAGCUGACAUCCAGACUCCGCUCAGACAUGUUCCUAUAAAGGAGGACAGCUUCUCUGAUUUGAACUUUUAUCUGCUGAUCUCCAUUGUCUCGGUGUCAGCGAUCUUUCUGCUGAGUCUCAUUGGUUUAAUUGCUGUCAAAUGCCACAGGACAGAUGGCAGUUUCAGUAGGUACAGCGCCCCAAUGAUCACCACCCAUCCUGACGGGAGCUGGUCUUACUCUAAAGCUACCCAGCAGUACGACGUGUGUUUCAGCUCAGACACACUGAAGAGUGACGUAGUGGUUUUCCCCGCGCCAUUUCCACCCGUGGACGCGGAACUGAUCAGUAUUAAUGGAGGAGACACUUUUACCAGGACUCAGACUUUACCCACAAAAGAGAAGGUAAGACUGCACGAUGACAUUGUAGACCAUCACAUCACGGUGGCAUGCGGCUCCACCCAUAUUCAGAGGAUAGAGAUGUUUCUCAAGCCACAGAGACAAAGAGAUUUCGAGGUUAAAGACAAGCGUGCGACGACGAUUUUAUUACCAGUAGGCUAA